ACUAAUGUUAUCUAAAUAAUAAUAAAACAUUGUUUAAAUUUGUUUUCAAAACUAUAUCUAAUAAAAAAUAUUAUCCAUUAUUAGUCUAUUCUAUGAAUCUAUGUUCAAUUUUCAGAAAGAUAGAAAUUCGUAAGUUAUUUCCCAUGAUAAUCUGUUAACAGGUAUCUGAUUAUGAUGAAAACAGUAUAGUAACAUGUAAUUAGCUACCGUUCUACAAAUUGAUUUACCCGUUCAUGAGUCAAUCAUUUAUCGAACAUAAUCGACCUUACUAGUAUUCUUAAAGGAACACUCAUAUUAUUUUCAUGGAACCUAAAUCUGAAUCUGAUCAUAAAAAUAUUAUUGAAGAAGUUAAUACAUUUAUUUUCGAUAUGCCAGUAGAAUAUUCCUUAGGACACUGUGUAGCUAGUGAUAUGCGCAUGAGUGCUGGUAUCGCAAUAUAUUUCAAAUCCAUUUUUGAAAGAGUUGGCGAGUUGAUGGAUCAAAGACCAGAUGUUGGAAAUGUAGCUUUUUUACAACAAAAUGAUCGAUUUAUUUAUUAUUUGAUUUCAAAAAAACUCAGUAAUGGAAAACCUACCUAUAAAAGUCUAACAGCAGCCAUAACAAAAUUACGUGAUUUUAUUGUGAUACAUGGUGUAAAAAAAUUAGCUAUUCCACGUAUCGGCUGUGGUCUUGAUAAAUUAGACUGGUGUAUAGUAAAAAAUAUCAUUAAAUGUUUAUUUCAAGGUGUUGGAUGUGAAAUUAAAGUUUGUCAUUUUACACAAAAUAUGUCAAAUGAAAAAGAUCUACUUCAGAUUAAUCAUCCUACUGUUUUAAGAAUGUCAAGUCAAAAUAUCAAGGAUAUAAAAAAGCGAGAAUUUGAAAAAUUAAAUAUUAUUUUAUAUUCGCUAAAUACAUCUUUACCAGUAUAUUGGGAUAAACAUUUUCAAUCAGUCAAUGAAAAAUACUACUUCAAAUUACAAUAUUAUAAAGAUAACAAAAUUAAACUUGAGGCCGGUCAAUGUUUACACUAUGAAACAAUAGAAGCUCAUAUAUAUGUGAUCAUCAUAAAUGAAAAUAAAAUAAAUCAUUUUUCGUAUCAGAACUUGGAAAAAGGACUAAUUAAAAUAAAAAGUAUGAUUAAAGAUAUUCAAUGGCACCCAACAUUUGUAGUACAUAAAGUGAAUAAUCCAAUAUUUGAAAAACUGAUUAACCAAAAAAUUAUAUCCCUCAUUUGUUCAGUAUUUUUAAAUUUAACUCCAUGUGUGAUUAUUGAAAUAAGCAAUGUUAACAAUUAAAUGUUAUUACUCUUUUCUAUGUUUUGAAGUAAAAUAUUUAUGCACAAAACAAUACAUUUAAA